CUCUUCUCUCGGUUCCUCUUUCCUCGCUCAAGAUGGCGCUGCUCGCGAUGCAUUCUUGGCGCUGGGCGGCCGCGGCGGCUGCUUUCGAAAAGCGCCGGAACUCCGCGAUUCUGAUCCGGCCUUUCGUCUCUGUUAGCGGCUCUGGUCCGCAGUGGAGGCCACAUCAACUCGGCGCCUUGGGAACCGCUCGAGCCUACCAGAUCCCAGAGUCAUUAAAAAGUAUCACAUGGCAGAGAUUUGGAAAUGGCAAUUCAGGACAGUUCUUAGAUGCUGCAAAGGCUCUCCAGGUAUGGCCACUGAUAGAAAAGAGGACAUGCUGGCAUGGUCAUGCAGGAGGAGGACUCCACACAGACCCAAAAGAAGGGUUAAAAGAUGUUGAUACUCAGAAAAUCAUAAAAGCAAUGCUUUCUUAUGUGUGGCCCAAAGACAGGCCAGAUCUGCGAGCUAGAGUUGCCAUUUCGCUGGGAUUUUUGGGUGGUGCAAAGGCCAUGAAUAUCGUGGUUCCCUUCAUGUUUAAAUAUGCUGUAGACAGCCUCAACCAGAUGUCGGGAAACAUGCUGAACCUGAGUGAUGCACCAAAUACAGUUGCAACCAUGGCAACAGCAGUUCUGAUUGGCUAUGGUGUAUCAAGAGCCGGAGCUGCUUUUUUUAACGAAGUUCGAAAUGCAGUAUUUGGCAAGGUAGCCCAAAAUUCAAUCCGAAGAAUAGCCAAAAAUGUCUUUCUCCAUCUUCACAACCUGGAUCUGGGUUUUCACCUGAGCAGACAGACAGGAGCUUUAUCUAAGGCUAUUGACAGAGGAACAAGGGGUAUCAGUUUUGUCCUGAGUGCUUUGGUAUUUAAUCUUCUUCCCAUCAUGUUUGAAGUGAUGCUUGUCAGUGGUGUUUUGUAUUACAAAUGCGGUGCCCAGUUUGCUUUGGUAACCCUUGGAACACUUGGUACAUACACAGCAUUCACAGUUGCAGUCACACGGUGGAGAACUAGAUUUAGAAUAGAAAUGAACAAAGCAGAUAAUGAUGCAGGUAAUGCUGCUAUAGACUCACUGCUGAAUUAUGAAACUGUGAAGUAUUUUAAUAAUGAAAGAUAUGAAGCACAGAGAUAUGAUGGAUUUUUGAAGACGUAUGAGACUGCUUCAUUGAAAAGUACCUCUACUCUGGCUAUGCUGAACUUUGGUCAAAGUGCUAUUUUCAGUGUCGGUUUAACAGCUAUAAUGGUGCUCGCCAGUCAGGGAAUUGUGGCAGGUACCCUUACUGUUGGAGAUCUAGUAAUGGUGAAUGGACUGCUUUUUCAGCUUUCAUUACCCCUGAACUUUCUGGGAACUGUAUAUAGAGAGACUAGACAAGCACUCAUAGAUAUGAACACCUUGUUUACUCUACUCAAGGUAGACACCCGAAUUAAAGACAAAGUGAUGGCAUCUCCCCUUCAGAUCACACCACAGACAGCUACCGUGGCCUUUGAAAAUGUGCAUUUUGAAUACAUUGAGGGCCAGAAAGUCCUUAGUGGAAUAUCCUUUGAAGUCCCUGCAGGAAAGAAAGUGGCCAUUGUAGGAGGUAGUGGGUCAGGGAAAAGCACAAUAGUGAGGCUAUUGUUUCGCUUCUAUGAGCCUCAAAAGGGUAGCAUUUAUCUUGCUGGUCAAAAUAUACAAGAUGUGAGCCUGGAAAGCCUUCGGAGGGCAGUGGGAGUGGUACCUCAGGAUGCUGUCCUCUUCCAUAAUACUAUUUAUUACAACCUCUUAUAUGGAAACAUCAGUGCUUCACCUGAGGAAGUGUAUGCGGUGGCAAAAUUAGCUGGACUUCAUGAUGCAAUUCUUCGAAUGCCACAUGGAUACAACACCCAAGUAGGGGAACGAGGACUCAAGCUUUCAGGAGGAGAAAAGCAAAGAGUAGCAAUUGCAAGAGCCAUUUUGAAGGACCCCCCACUCAUACUCUAUGAUGAAGCUACUUCAUCGUUAGAUUCGAUUACUGAAGAGACUAUUCUUGGUGCCAUGAAGGAUGUGGUCAAACACAGAACUUCUAUUUUCAUUGCACACAGAUUGUCAACAGUGGUUGAUGCAGAUGAAAUCAUUGUCUUGGACCAGCCCCUGUUGAUUGGAAAUAAUGCAUGUCACUUCCAAGAAGAAAUAAACUAUAUUAACUCAUUCUCUAUUAAAGUAUUACAAGCAAAAGUUUAAUCAGGAAAGCAUUAAAUCUUCACGAUAGAAGCAGGUUUUCAAUGGUGCAUAUAUAAAAUAACUUUUCUGCCUUCAUUUUUGCUCUGAAUAGACUCUUUGCUCAGUGUCUUUGCUGUAUUGUAUGUUUUUAUUUUUCUAAUACCUGCACAUACCAUUGAUGGUUAAAAUUACCAUAAAAUAAAGUGGUCAUUUUCAAACAUGGUCAUUUUUAUUUUAUGUUUUUCCUUCUCGGGAAAGUAAGAAAAAAGAUAGCCUGCUUUAUCUCUUCUAAGGGAAUUACUAUAUGAGUAUACUGUAAAAGUCUAGACAAAUCAGAGUACCACUAUUGUGAUGGGUAGAUUUGAAAAUUGCAGUAAUUUUUCUUUUCUCCUUUCUGUAAGGACCUCUUUUCCCCACACCCCCUAGUACUUGAUUAUUUCUAACAUAUGCAGUUUUCCACCCUGCAUUCAGCCUUUUCUGUAAUUAUUUUUCCCUUCUAAUAAAUAUAUCUUCAAUUCGUUAUCAUUUUGGCUUUUUUUUUUCUUUUUGAGGCAGGGUCUUACUUUGUCACCCAGGAGUACAGUGGCGCGAUCUCGGCUCACUGCAGCCUUGAACUCCUGGGCUCAAGCAGUCCUCCCACCUCAGCCCCCCAAGUAGCUGGGACUACAGGCACGUGCCACACACCUAGCUAAUUUUUUGUAGAGAUAGGGUUUCACCAUGUUGCCCGGAUUGGUCUUAAACUCCUGAGCUCAAGUGAUCCGCCCACCUUAGACUCCCAAAGUGUGCUGGGAUUACAGGCGUGAACCAUCACGCCUGGUCACAUUUUGAAAACCUGUGUACUAAGAGUUUAGAGAGAAGCAUUCUCAUGUACUGUCUGUAUAUUGAGCUAUUUAAAGGGACUUUUUCACUCCACUAACAUUUCUUAUAGGGUAUUCAGUGUUGUGGUUUGUAUAUUAUUACCUUCAUAAGUUGCUUGCAUACUUGUGACCCUAGGCCUUUCUGUUGGCUUAUUCUUAAAUAUUUACAUUCAUUACCAAACUGAUUUUUCCAGUAUGGUUGUACCAGAAUGUCUUAAAUGAGAAAUUUUGUCAAUAUACCUUAUUAUGUCAUUGAUGUUCAAGAAUCUUAAAUAAAAUCUGCUACUUUUUUAUAAGCUUUCUGAUUCUAUGCAGCCAAGUAGUAAGAGCCUUUUCUUACAAAUAGAAGUUGUUAAAAUACAUUAGCAGGCAUGUGAUUACCUACACCUCAUGCCAUGUAAUUCACAGUAUCUAUACACUUAUUUUACACCAUUGCCACUUGGAUUUUGGGUUAUAAUGGGACCUAAUUUAUUAAUGAUCAUAGCAACAGUAUCUAAACAAGAAUCUCUUUAUUAUUCAUAAUUUGAUAAUUCUAUAGUUGUCUGAUUAUGCAGAAACUAAUAUGACCUUAGCUUUCACUAAUAAUCUGUCACCUCCUGUGUUCUGUCAGCAACUUCUUGUAGUAGUGUUAACGUUAAGACGGCAUAUCUAGGGAACUUCUAGUUAAACAUGGGAGAUUGGAUACAUUUGUUUAUCUCUUCUUUCCCUAACCAUACUAAAAUGAAAGUGAAGAAAUAAAAUAAGUAUAAUAAGUAUAAAGCCAUAAGGACAAAGAGUAACAGUGGACAAGAGAUACCAGCAAAUUGGGAUAAACUGGUAAGUAGAUAGAUUAGCAGAGCUAAAAAGUUGAAUACUGUGUGUCAAAAGAGAGAGACAUCAAUUUAAAAAAAAGCAAGUUGAUUCAUGUUGUAGACCCCCGAAAAGGCUCAGGAAUUGAAGGCACCAGGUAUGAUGAAAAGUGGCGAUAAGCAUGAGGUUGAAAGUAACAGAAUUAAGUGUAGGACUACAUAAGAAAUAAAGUUCCCAGGUCCCUUUCUCACCCCCACAGCCUGGUGUUUAUACUCCUUCCUAACCUUAGCGAGAGUCUGGAUAUUUACUUAUCAGGAAAUUACUGGCUUUGAACACAAGCAGACCACCAGGCACAUUAACAAUGAAGGGAGAGAUUAACUGAAAAUCAAAACAUACGAAAGGAUAGGACCACAGACCCUCUUGUGCCACUGGCUCCAAGAACUUUGCCAACCAGUUGUUUAUUUUUACUAUCACUACUCCUUAACUCAUCAGCAAAUAAUUGGAGGAUUCUUUUUUUUUAAAUUUUAUUACUAUUAUACUUUAAGUUUUAGGGUACAUGUGCACAAUGUGCAGGUUUGUUACAUAUGUAUACAUGUGCCAUGUUGGUGUGCUGCACCCAUUAGCUCAUCAUUUAGCAUUAGGUAUGUCUCCUAAUGCUAUCCUUCCCCCCUCCCCCCACCCCACAACAGUCUCCGGAGUGUGAUGUUCCCCUUCCUGUGUCCAUGUGUUCUCAUUGUUCAAUUCCCACCUAUGAGUGAGAACAUGCGGUGUUUGGUUUUUUGUCCUUGCGAUAGUUUACUAAGAAUGAUGGUUUCCGGUUUCAUCCAUGUCCCUACAAAGGACAUGAACUCAUCAUUUUUUAUGGCUGCAUAGUAUUCCAUGGUGUAUAUGUGCCACAUUUUCUUAAUCCAGUCUAUCAUUGUUGGACAUUUGGGUUGGUUCCAAGUCUUUACUAUUGUGAAUAGUGCCGCAAUAAACAUACAUGUGCACGUGUCUUUAUAGCAGCAUGAUUUAUAAUCCUUUGGGUAUAUACCCAGUAAUGGGAUGGCUGGGUCAAAUGGUAUUUCUGUUCUAGAUCCCUGAGGAAUCGCCACACUGUCUUCCACAAUGGUUGAACUAGUUUGCAGUCCCACCAACAGUGUAAAAGUGUUCCUAUUUCUCCACAUCCUCUCCAGCACCUGUUUCCUGACUUUUUAAUGAUCGCCAUUCUAACUGCUGUGAGAUGGUAUCUCAUUGUGGUUUUGAUUUGCAUUUCUCUGAUGGCCAGUGAUGAUGAGCAUUUUUUCAUGUGUUUUUUGGCUGCAUAAAUGUCUUCUUUUGAGAAGUGUCUGUUCAUAUCCUUCGCCCACUUUUUGAUGGGGUUGUUUGUUUUUUUCUUGUAAAUUUGUUUGAGUUCAUUGUAGAUUCUGGAUAUUAGCCCUUUGUCAGAUGAGUAGGUUGCGACAAUUUUCUCCCAUUUUGUACAUUGCCUGUUGACUGAUGGUAGUUUCUUUUGCUGUGCAGAAGCUCUUUAGUUUAAUUAGAUCCCAUUUGUCAAUUUUGGCUUUUGUUGCCAUUGCUUUUGGUGUUUUAGACAUGAAGUCCUUGCCCACGCCUAUGUCCUGAAUGGUAUUGCCUAGGUUUUCUUCUAGGGUUUUUGUGGUUUUAGGUCUAACAUGUAAGUCUUUAAUCCAUCUUGAAUUAAUUUUUGUAUAGGGUGUAAGGAAGGGAUCCAGUUUCAGCUUUCUACAUAUGGCUAGCCAAUUUUCCCAGCACCAUUUAUUAAAUAGGAAAUCCUUUCCCCAUUGCUUGUUUUUGUCAGGUUUGUCAAAGAUCAGAUGGUUGUAGAUAUGUGGCAUUAUUUCUGAGGGCUCUGUUCUGUUCCAUUCAUCUUAUCUCUGUUUUGGUACCAGCACCAUGCUGUUUUGCUUACUGUAGCCUUGUAGUAUAGUUUGAAGUCAGGUAGCAUGAUGCCUCUGGCUUUGUUCUUUUGGCUUAGGAUUGACUUGUCCAUGCAGGCUCGUUUUUGGUUCCAUAUGAACUUUAAAGUAGUUUUUUCCAAUUCUGUGAAGAAAGUCAUUGGUAGCUUGAUGGGGAUGGCAUUGAAUCUAUAAAUUACCUUGGGCAGUAUGGCCAUUUUCACGAUAUUGAUUCUUCCUACCCAUGAGCAUGGAAUGUUCUUCCAUUUGUUUGUAUCCUCUUUUAUUUCAUUGAGCAGUGGUUUGUAGUUCUCCUUGAAGAGGUCCUUCACAUCCCUUGUAAGUUGGAUUCCUAGGUAUUUUAUUCUCUUUGAAGCAGUUGUGAAUGGGAGUUCACUCAUGAUUUGGCUCUCUGUUUGUCUGUUAUUCGUGUAUAAGAAUGCUUGUGAUUUUUGUACCUUGAUUUUCUAUCCUGAGACUUUACGGAAGUUGCUUAUCAGCUUAAGGAGAUUUUGGGCUGAGACAGUGGGGUUUUCUAGAUAUACAAUCAUGUCAUCUGCAAACAGGGACAAUUUGACUUCCUCUUUUCCUAAUUGAAUACCCUUUAUUUCCUUCUCCUGCCUGAUUGCCCUGGCCAGAACUUCCAACAGUAUAUUGAAUAAGAGUGGUGAGAGAGGGCAUCCCUGUCUUGUGCCAGUUUUCAAAGGGAAUGCUUCCAGUUUUUGCCCAUUCAGGAUGAUAUUGGCUGUGGGUUUGUCAUAGAUAGCUCUUAUUAUUUUGAGAUACGUCCCAUCAAUACCUAAUUUAUUGAGAGUUUUUAGCAUGAAGCGUUGUUGAAUUUUGUCAAAGGCCUUUUCUGCAUCUAUUGAGGUAAUCAUGUGGUUUUUGUCUUUGGUUCUGUUUAUAUGCCAGAAUACAUUUACCGAUUUGUGUAUGUAGAACCAGCCUUGCAUCCCAGGGAUGAAGCCCACUUGAUCAUGGUGGAUAGGCUUUUUGAUGUGCUGCUGGAUUUGGUUUGCCAGUAUUUUAUUGAGGACUUUUCUAUCAAUGUUCAUCAAGGAUAUUGGUCUAAAAUUCUCUUUUUUCGCUGUGUCUCUGCCAGGCUUUGGUAUCAGGAUGAUGCUGGCCUCAUAAAAUGAGUUAGGGAGGUUUCCCUCUUUUUCUGUUGAUUGGAAUAGUUUCAGAAGGAAUGGUACCAGUUCCUCCUUGUACCUCUGGUAGAAUUGGGAUGUGAAUCCAUCUGGUCCUGGACUUUUUUUUGGUUGGUAAGCUAUUAAUUAUUGCCACAAUUUCAGAGCCUGUUAUUGGUCUAUUCAGAUAUUCAACUUCUUCCUGGUUUAGUCUUGGGAGGGUGUAUGUGUCGAGGAAUUUAUCCAUUUCUUCUAGAUUUUCUAGUUUAUUUGCAUAGAGGUGUUUAUAGUAUUCUCUGCUGGUAGUUUGUAUUUCUGUGGGAUCGGUGGUGAUAUCCCCUUUAUCAUUUUCUAUUGUGUCUAUUUGAUUCUUCUGUCUUUUCUUCUUUAUUAGUCUUGCUAGCGGUCUAUCAAUUUUGUUGAUCUUUUCAAAAAACCAGCUUCUGGAUUCAUUAAUUUUUUGAAGCGUUUUUUGUGUCUCUAUUUCCUUCAGUUCUUCUCUGAUUUUAGUUAUUUCUUGCCUUCUGCUAGCUUUUGAAUAUGUUUGCUCUUGCUUUUCUAGUUCUUUUAAUUGUGAUGUUAGGGUGUCAAUUUUGUAUCUUUCCUGCUUUCUCUUGUGGGCAUUUAGUGCUAUACAUUUCGCUCUACACACUGCUUUGAAUGUGUCCCAGAGAUUCUGGUAUGUUGUGUCUUUGUUCUCGUUGGUUUCAAAGAACAUCUUUAUGUCUGCCUUCAUUUCGUUAUGUACCCAGUAGUCUCUCAGGAGCAGCUUGUUCAGUUUCUGUGUAGUUGAGCGGUUUUGAGUGAGUUUCUUAAUCCUGAGUUCUAGUUUGAUUGCACUGUGGUCUGAGAGACAGUUUGUUAUAAUUUCUGUUCUUUUACAUUUGCUGAGGAGAGCUUUACUUCCAACUAUGUGGUCAAUUUUGGAAUAGGUGUGGUGUGGUCCUGAAAAAAAUGUAUAUUCUGUUGAUUUGGGAUGAAGAGUUCUGUAGAUGUCUAUUAGGUGCGCUUGGUGCAGAGGUGAGUUCAAUUCCUGGAUAUCCUUCUUAACUUUCUGUCUCAUUGAUCUGUCUAAUGUUGACAGUGGGGUGUUAAAAUCUCCCAUUAUUAUUGUGUGGGAGUCUAAGUCUCAUUGUAGGUCACUCUGGACUUGCUUUAUGAAUCUGGGUGCUCCUGUAUUGGGUGCAUAUAUAUAUUUAGGAUUGUUAGCUCUUCUUGUUGAGUUGAUCCCUUUACCAUUAUGUAAUGGCCUUCUUUGUCUCUUUUGAUCUUUGUUGAUUUAAAGUCUGUUUUAUCAGAGACUAGGAUUGCAACCCCUGCCUUUUUUUGUUUUCCAUUUGCUUGGUAGAUCUUCCUCCAUCCCUUUGUUUUGAGCCUAUGUGUGUCUCUGCACGUGAGAUGGGUUUCCUGAAUACAGCACACUGAUGGGUCUUGACUCUUUAUCCAAUUUGCCAGUCUGUGUCUUUUAAUUGGAGCAUUUAGCCCAUUUACAUUUAAAGUUAAUAUUGUUAUGUGUGAAUUUGGUCCUGUCAUUUUGACGUUAGCUGGUUAUUUUGCUCGUUACUUGAUGCAGUUUCUUCCUAGCCUUGAUGGUCUUUACAUUUUGGCAUGUUUUUGCAGUGGCUGGUACUGGUUGUUCCUUUCCAUGUUUAGUGCUUCCUUCAGGAGCUCUUGUAGGGCAGGCCUGGUGGUGACAAAAUUUCUCAGCAUUUGCUUGUCUGUAAAGUAUUUUAUUUCUCCUUCACUUAUGAAGCUUAGUUUGGCUGGCUAUGAAAUUCUGGGUUGAAAAUUCUUUUCUUUAAGAAUGUUGAAUAUUCGCCCCCACUCUCUUCUGGCUUGUAGAGUUUCUGCGGAGAGAUCCACUGUUAGUCUGAUAGGCUUCCCUUUGUGGGUAACCGGACCUUUCUCUCUGGCCGCCCUUAACAUUUUUUCCUUCAUUUCAUCUUUGGUGAAUCUGACAAUUAUGUGUCUUGGAGUUGCUCUUCUCGAGGAGUAUCUUUUUGGUGUUCUCUAUAUUUCCUGAAUCUGAAUGUUGGCCUGCCUUGCUAGAUUGGGGAAGUUCUCGUGGAUAAUAUCCUGCAGAAUGUUUUCCAACUUGGUUCCAUUCUCCCCGUCACUUUCAGGUACACCAAUCAGACGUAGAUUUGGUCUUUUCACAUAGUCCCGUAUUUCUUGGAGGCUUUGUUCGUUUCUUUUUAUUCCUUUUUCUCUAAACUUCCUUUCUCACUUCAUUUCAUUCAUUUCAUCUUCCAUCAGUGAUACCCUUUCUUCCAGUUGAUCGCAUCGGCUCCUGAGGCUUCUGCAUUCUUAACAUAGUUCUCGAGCCGUGGCUUUCAGCUUCAUCAGGUCCUUUAAGCACUUCUCUGCAUUGGUUAUUCUAAUUAGCCAUUCGUCUAAUUUUUUUUCCAAAGUUUUUAACUUCUUUGCCAUUGUUUUGAAUUUCCUCCUGUAGCUCGGAGUAGUUUGAUCAUCUGAAGCCUUCUUCUCUCAACUCGUCAAAGUCAUUCUCCAUGUGGCUUUGUUCCGUUGCUGCUGAGGAGCUGCGUUCCUUUCAAGGAGGAGAGGCGCUCUGCUUUUUAGAGUUUCUGGUUUUUCUGCUCUGUUUUUUCCCCAUCUUUGUGGUUUUAUCUACUUUUGGUCUUUGAUAAUGGUAACUUAUAGAUGGGUUUUUAUUGUGGAUGUGCUUUCUGUUUGUCAGUUUUCCUUCUAACAGACCAGACCCUCAGCUGCAGGUCUGUUGGAGUUUGCUGGAGGUCCACUCCAGACCCUGUUUGCCUGGGUAUCACCAGCCGUGGCUGUAGAACAGCAGAUAUUGGUGACCCGCAAACGCUGCUGCCUGAUCGUUCCUCUGGAAGUUUUGUCUCAGAGGAGUACCCAGCUGUAUGAGGUGGCAGUCUGCCUCUACUGGGGGGUGCCUCCCAGUUACGCUCCUCGGGGGUCAGAGACCCACUUGAGGAGGCAGUCUGCCGAUUCUCAGAUGUCCAGCUGCAUGCUGGGAGAAUCACUGCUCUCUUCAAAGCUGUCAGACAGGGACAUUUAAGUGUGCAGAGGUUACUGCUGUCUUUUUGUUUGUCUGUGCCCUGCCCCCAGAGGUGGAGCCUACAGAGGCAGGCAGGCCUCCUUGAUCUGUGGUAGGCUCCACCCAGUUCGAGCUUCCCGGCUUCUCUGUUUACCUAAUGAAGCCUGGGCAAUCGCAGGUGCCCCUUCCCCAAUCUUGCUGCCGCCUUGCAGUUUGAUCUCAGACUGCUAUGCUAGCAGUCAGGAAGAGUCCGUGGGCGUAGGACCCUCCAAGCCAGGCACAGGAUAUAAUCUCCUGGUGGGCCGUUUUUUAAGCCCAUUGGAAAAACGCAGUAUUAGGGUGGGAGUGACCCGAUUUUCCAGGUGUCGUCUGUCACCCCUUUCUUUGACUAGGAAAGGGAACUCCCUGAACCCUUGCACUUCCUGAGUGAGGCGAUGCCUCGCCCUGCUUUGGCUUGCGCACGGUGUGCUGCACCCACUGUCCUGCACCCACUUUCUGGCACUCCCUAGUGAGAUGAACCCGGUACCUCAGAUGGAAAUGCAGAAAUCACCUGUCUUCUGUGUUGCUCAUGCUGGGAGCUGUAGACCGGAGCUGUUCCUAUUUGGCCAUCUUGGCUCCACCCUGGAGGAUUCUUCUCUGGAGAAAACAAAAGCAGCCACUGGGGAAAAAAAAAAAAACAGAUACUUGUAUUUGAGAACCCCAACAAAGUGUCCAGGUAUCUACAUAAUCAUCCUACCAUGAAGUCCACUGGUUUAGAAAGGCAUAUUAAUGCACACAGAGCUUCCAGUCAGCCUUUCAAUGCUCUAUUCUUAAAUGUCAGCGAAUGGACCUCCAAAGCAGAGAAAAAAGGAACUCAAUGGAAAAUGUAGACUUUCUUAAUAUUCUCAGAAAUUGUGGAAAAUACAGUAUUUCUAAAAUAAGGACAGAAGAAAAAAAAAAGUAACCUGUCAUCCCAGCCACUUGGGAGGCUGAGGCGAGAGGAUGACUUGAGCCUAGGGGGUGGAGACCAGCCUGGACAGCAUAGCAGGACUCUGUCUCCAAAAAUUAAAAAAAAAAAGUGAAGGAAACUUAUAUGGCAUGAUCUGUAGAAUAUAUUGGUAAGUGGAAAAAAAAAGUAAGAUACAAAAGAGAAUAUAGCAUGCUACCUAUUGCAAAGAAGAUAAGGAAAAAAGAAUAUAUGUGUAUCUGUUUAUUUUUGCAAAAAGAAACUCAAAGAAUAAACUAGAAACUAAAGCAAUUGGCUGCCUAUGGGACAUGGGUACAAAGGUUUAGAAGAGAUACGGAAAAGAGAAUGAAGUUUUAAUAUUUAUUUUGCUUUUGAACCAUGCUUAGUGUUUUUAUACCUUCAAAAAUAAAAUUAAAUCAACAAGGAUAGGGGAAAAGUAAAAAUUGAAUACAAACAGAAAGAAGUAAAACUAAUUGCAUAUAAAAUUGCUAACAUAACCACACAGAAGAAAAAUAGAAUUAAGCCAAGUAACUUUUGCAUAUAUUACUAUGAUUAUAUACCCUUAGUGGAAUAUAUUAUAAAGACAAAAAUAACCCAAAGGAAAUUUGAACUUUGUUGUAGGUAGUAGUGUGGGGGUAACCAUUUUGAGGCUAUUUUUGUGUAUAGUGUAAGACUGAGCUUAUGAGUAAAUACAUUGAUGUUGGGAAACAGAUCUCUUGGGAGAAGAAAGAUACAAAUACAGAAUUGGCAAAGAAGAAGAGAACCUUGCGAUAUAUUGGAAUAGUAUUAUCAGUCUGAACUUAUGAUUUAAAAAAAAUGUCCUAACUCUAUUUACUGAAGAGACCUAGAAGCUGUGAAAACCCAGUAGUAAUAAGUAUACUUGGCACCCAGAUCUUGGGCACUAAAUACUGUUCCUCACUAAAAGGAACCAAGACUCUUUGGAGAAGUAGUUGAUUCCUGAUCUGGGUCAGGGAAACUAAUGAACACAAGUCAUGAGGUCACAGGAUCCAUUUUGAAUGAGCUCCCACUAGCCAAUUGGGGCAUAAAAAGAAUAAUGACACUAAUUAAUUAUAAUACAUUGAAUAAAAAACAUCUAUGCAUCCAUGAGGAUACUGCUAAAACAAAAAUCAUGAAGGGGAAAGGGACAAUUCCCCUUUAAGAAGAAAGCCAACUAACACAUGAAAUGUAAAAGGAAUUACAAAUUUAGAAAAUCACACUUUACAGCCACCAUUGUAAUAAUUGAUUCAGGUAAGGGUCCUCACUGGUUCCUGAAACCAUAUGGUGUAAAGCUAUUGAGGCUAGAAUAUUUGCACGGUUUCAAAUUACCAUAGAUUACAUACUAAUUAGAGAAAAAAUACCUUGAAAAUAGAGAAAUAGAGAAACUGGUAGAUGUCACCUUAACCAAUUGAUCAAACCUAAUAUCAGUAAUGGAGCAAAUUGAACUCACGUACCUCCUGAUGUAAUGCACUGAAGAUAUAUUAUCUUUUCUUUCUACCCAAAAUGUUUAACUUGGGCUGGGCAUGGUGGCUCAUGCUGGUAAUAACAGCACUUUGGGAGGCAGAGGUGGGAGGAUUACCUGAGCCCAGAAGUUCCAGAACAGCCUGGGCAACAUAGCAAGAGUCUAUCUCAAAAAAAAAAAAAAAAAAAAAAAAGUUUAGCCUA